UGAAUAUGUAACAAACAAUAUUCAGAUUUCCAUAAGCGUCAGUAAACGUCUUUUGAUAGACAGUAUAAACACCGUGAAUUAUAAUGCUUUUGAUUGUGCUUACGUUCUUGUUGCUUACAGGAGAAUCGUACGGAACAGAGUGUAUACAUUGUACAGACAUGGUGUUAAAUAGUUCCUCUAUCCCUUCUGAAGUGAAAGUUGAACUAGAACAAUACAGAACACCAUACUGUGAAAAUGCACACACAGCCAAGAACUCCUCAGGUAUAACAUUGAGGAAUUGCUCAGAAGCUGUAGAUGUAGGACAAGCGAGCAAAUGUGGACGACUGGUUGGAUCAAUAUUGUUGUCGAGUGGUCAAUCUGAAAACAAAUUAGAAUUACCAAUUUACUUUCACAUCAGAGGAUGUUUCGUCGUAGAACAGUCAUUGGGAGGAGGGUGCUACCGAAACCACCGAUUUAUUGAUCAGUAUAAAGACACUAUGUCGAAAUAUUUAGAAGGAACAGCUGGUUCCGUGCAGCUUGGCAAUUUUAAUGGUGUUCUCUGUAUUAAUGGAGCUAACACCGUGGAUCCAUGGAAAACUAACCAAGCAAUAAGGCAUAAUCAUUGCUGGGUGACUUGUAUUGUAUUGUUUAUGGUUUAUUGUUUAUUAUAGACAAAACAAAACACAUAAUUAUCUUGAAUCUAACAGAACAGCAAUUUAUGAUACAAAAUUUUCAAUUGAUUUGUAACUUGCUAUUUCUAUUUCACUUUUUAGAGUUUGUGCUGUUUUGUACGACAAUAUUGACUUCACAAUACUUAGGACUAUAUUGUUUUCAUUAGUUUUAUUAUGUUUACAUGUGUUUUUUAAAGUCUGAAGGGUUAAUCAAACGUAUCAUUUAAACUCAACAUGAAUUAUUAAUUGUUUACGGUUCUUUUUCGUUAGAAUUAAAUGAUAUAAACAAC